CUCGAGAGCAUUUUAGCACGCUCGAGCUACGCGCAAUCAGCGGAGCAACCAGUACUCCUGCAGCGCGUCACGGUCGCGCACGCCACGUCCCGCGCGGAACCAAUCGCAUCCUCACGCGCGCCGCAGCAAACGAGGCCAAAUACCUCAGCCACGUGCAUAAACAGCUUUGAUGCGCCGCCUCACGCUAAUCGCCGCGCUAGCGGCGACGACAGCGGUCGCGUUAGAGGACUGGAUCAGGGUCUGGCCGAAGUCGGGCCGCCAGAGCCGCCGCCUCACUUCUGAUUUGGACUGCGCGCCCUUCGACGCGAGCCACCUCGUCGCGCGGCCGCGCCGGAAGCGCGCCGACUGCCAGUUUUAUGAUCAACCGGACAAGAACGACGACGGCUUACUCUGCAUCGGCGACCGCUUCAAGAUCGCGAACGAGGUGAGCUUCUGCGCGGAGCCCUACUCGCCGGGGUCCUGGUACCUGGCGGCGAAGAAGGGCAUCGACCUGGGCCAGGGCCGUAGAUUAGGUGCGGACCCGGCGACGUUCGACUACCACCCGACCAAUGGCUACUAGCCGCGUGCCCUUUGGGUCCGCGUCCUCGUCGGAAGUCGCAUCCCCGAAGUUAGCCAGUCAUCUCCUUUCCCUUUCCUUCCCCCGACGCCUAACUAAUUGUGGA